AUGGUCAACAGCGCGAUCAAACACCUUCAACACAAAGCAAACAGAUCAGCCGAAUUAUUCGUCAACAACUAUUAUUCUACGUAUGAUUCGAUUAAUCGGUCUACUAAUUUACCAAAACUUUAUCAUUCAGAUGCAAGGAUAGUAUGGAAUGGUAAUGCGAUUAGUGGAAUUCAAUCUUUAUCAAACCAACUGAUCAAUCAAUUACCAUUCACAAAACACGAAAUCCAAUCCUACGACUGUCAUUUAAUCUCAGCAUCACAAGCUCAAUCACCCGAUUCAUCACCGACUCUAUCAAUCACGAUCACAGGACAAUUAAUUUAUGCAUCAACUUCUUUUCCAUCAACUUACAUAAUUCCGGAUUACUUUAAAUCAUCUUCUUCUUCGAAUCAGAAGAAUAACUUGGAUGAGAAAUUAGAUGGGUUACCUAGAAUCUUUAGUCAAUCUUUUAUACUGGUUUCGGUUAAGAAUCUUGAGAAUGGUUCUGAUAAUUAUCAAAUCCUGGCGGAUUCGUUUAGGUUUGUGGGAUGA